UGUGUCGUCAUCAAGACGCGACGGAGGUUCCGCACGUGAGAGCGAGCUUCGCUGUGUGUUCAUGAAGAUCCUAAAAUCAAGCUGAAGUCAGUCUGCAGAGAGAUGGAGGUAAGAGAGGAAGAGGAGGGGAAGAUUUCAGCUGUGAAAGAGGAAGAGGGAGGUGAAGAAGAGGAGGAGGAGGAGGAGGAAGAGGAGGAAGAAGAAGAAGAGGAGGAGGAAGAAGAAGAAGAAGAGGAGGAAGAAGACGAGGGAUCUGCUGCAGAGAGAGAUGAUGAUGGUGAAGGAGAUGGUGACCAAGAUGCUCCAGUGAUGAAGGAGAAGAAAAGGAAAGCCGUUGGGGUGACUUCCUGUGCAGACAGGAAGUGCAUCCCGGGUAUCCUCUACCUGGGCCACGUUCCUCCGAGGUUCCGGCCCAAACACCUGAGGAACCUGCUGUCGGCGUACGGCGAGAUCGGACGCAUCUUCCUACAGCCCGAAGACGGCCUGGUGAGACGGAGGAAGAAGAAGUCCGGGCUGCGGAGGUGUGACUUCACCGAGGGAUGGGUGGAGUUCAGAGACAAACGAGUGGCGAAGAGAGUGGCGGCGUCUCUGAACAACACGCCGAUGGGAACCAGGAAGCGCCAGCGCUUCUCCUCCGACCUCUGGUCCAUCAAGUACCUGCACAGGUUCCAGUGGACUCACCUGAGCGAGCGCUUGGCCUACGAGCAGACGGUCCUGCAGCAGAGAAUCCGGACCGAGGUGUCUCAGGUCAAGAGAGAGACCAACUUCUACCUGAACAAUGUGGACAAGAGCGCUCGCAUGGACACCGUGAGGAGGAAGAGACAGAAAGACGGACAACAGGUGGACGAGCGGACGUGGGACUUCACGCAGCGCCAGACAGAGGACGAGAUCCAGACGAAGAAGAAGAAGAAGAGGGACUCCGUUACCCAGAAGCACCUGAGCAAGGCCCGCCUCAUUCAGCAGAAGAGCCAAUCGAAUGUUUCGCUGCUUGCCAAGAUUUUCAACUCCAACCAAUCAGAGUGACCGCCGAUUGGCUGUUGGACACGAUGGUUUCCAUGGAACCGGGGAGCAGAUUGUAGUGAACUGGUGCUGACAUUCUUUAACCCUUCAUCAACCAAUCACAGGCCGUUCUGAGCAGGGGGGGCGGGACUAUCUGCUUGAAUCAGUUUAAUCAUCUGCUCACGCCUUAAUUAGCUUCUUAAAGCCGUGGUAGACAGUUUCAAUAAUACAAUAAUUACAUAAUAAGCUUUCAGCGUAUUGUAAUUAACCGUCCUGUUGUCCUCGGGUCAUCUGA